GUUGUCGCUAGCAUCCAAGAACAAAAAGACAACAAAAAUGGCGGAUAUUUUGAUGCGCGCUAAAUACGUCAGAAACGUAAUGUAAUGCGUAAACUCAAAAAACAAGUGAUGGUUAAAAAUAGAAUACUAAUCUAAAUAUUAUCACUAAAUAAAUUAUCAUCAUUGAAUUCCGAACGAAUAUCAAACUUCCAAUUUAUUAGGAGAUUGCGUGCUCCUAAUCGUAGAUGCCAAGCGUUAAAGAUGAGUCAGAGCCUGAAGGCGAAGAAAUGUCGCACGAUAGCAACAACAGUGACCAAAGCUCGGCCUCCUGUGACAGCAGUGCAGAUCACAGUGACAGCGAUGACUCUUCCGAGAUGGAUGAAGAUGAAUGUGAGAGAAGGAGAAAUGAAUGCAUGGAAAACUUGGUUGAUCUAGAGCGGCAAUUUGCACUCUUGAAAGAACAACUUUAUCGAGAAAGGAUUACUCAGGUUGAUACGAAGCUUAGUGAAGUACGGGUUGGUAAAUCAGAAGAGUACCUGAUACCCUUGGAACGUCUAAAAGAGAAUAUGAAAACAAAAACAGAAGUAGCUGGCAUUUUAAGAGAGUUAAGGGUACAGAAUAUACAAAAUAAAUUUUUAGCUGAAGAACAAGCAGCUUUACAGAACUUUGAAAGUGAGAAGGAACUUGUGUGGGAUGCAAUCUAUAGUGAUUUGCAAGAAAAAAUAAGACGAUUAGAGGAAGAUCGUAAUAAUGUUGAUAUUCAUGCGGACUUGUGGUUCAAUUCAAGUGGCAGAAAACGUCGAAGUCAUGCUGAAAGACGUAGAGCUGUAUCAGUUACUGGUCCUUACAUUGUUUAUAUGCUGAAUGAUGCUGAUAUUCUCGAAGAUUGGGCAUUGAUUAAGAAAAGUUUAAGUAGUCGAAAAGCUGAAAUUCUUUGAGUGAUCAUUCAUUUUCCAAAACUUGUAUACAGUUUGCUAAAUUACAUAUAAAUAUUUUCAAUUAAUUCAUUGUAAAUUAUUGGUAUAAGAUUUAUAUAUACAUGAAGAGCGAAAGGACGAGAGAAUGAGUGAAAGGUACUUAGAAUUAUCACUUCAAAUUUUUAAUAAUAAAAAAUUAAAAAGAUUCUUGUAUAA